AUGAAGCCACAUGAAGUUAUAGAAGAUCAAAUCAAGUUAAGGGCAUUCCCCUUUUCUUUACAAGAUUCAGCUAAGGAGUGGUUGUAUGACUUACCACCGGGGUCGGUCACAACAUGGAAUGAACUUGCAAGGAUGUUUCUGGAUAAAUAUUUUCCAGAAAUGAGAGCUUCAGCUUUAUGCAGAGAGAUAAUUGGUAUCAAGCAACAAAAGAGAGAAGCCUUGCAUACUUAUUGGGAACGGUUCAAGAAAUUAUGCUCAAGAUGUCCACAACAUGGGAUUACAGAAUAUCAGUUGUUGCAGUAUUUUUGUGAAGGAAUGUCAUCUUGGGAUAUGAGAUUACUCAAUGCAUCAAGUGGUGGAUCUAUAGCUGAUAAGAAUCCAACAGAAAUCAGAGUUCUUAUCAAGAACAAGGCAGAAGAGUCCAAGCAUACAGUCCAAGAAGAAGAAUGGUACAGUGAUGCACCAAGAGGAGUGAAAGAAAUUUCUACCCCAAAAAUUGAAAGUCAACUUUCUGAGUUGACUAAGGUAGUGAUGAUGCUUGAAAAGGACAAGGGCGUGCAACCACCAACAGUUAGACCUUGUGGUAUUUGUACACAAGUUGGACAUCCCACUGAUAUGUGCCCAAUCUUACAAGAAGAUGUAGAGCCAAUUCAAGCUAUGGGAUUUUCAAGUCAACAACAAGGAAACUUCCAGCCAAGAAGCAAUCCAAAUUGGCAUCAACCUAAUGCCAAUUUUCAGCCAAGAACACCACCUUAUCAACCAAGACACCCAUUUCAAAAUCAAACGCAUCACCAACAAAGUUAUCAACUACAUUUCCAGCCAACUCAACCCCCUCAUCAAUCUCAAUUCCAACCUCAAAACAUGCAUCAAGGAAGUAGUUUAAGCGGAUCAGGAAUGUCUUUGGAAGACAUUGUUAAGAGUUUAGCCACAAGUACUCAAACAUUUCAAAAUGAGACCAAGGCGAGCAUCAAGACUUUGGAGCAACAAAUGACUCAACUUGCCACUUCUGUGAGUAAAUUGGAGUCACAAGGCAAACUACCCGCGCAAACCGAAAAGAAUCCAAAACAUAGUGCAUGUGCCAUCACUUUGAGGAAUGGAAAAGAAUAUGAAAGUCCUAAGAUGGUUGAAGAAGAAGAAAAGAUAGAGUUAGAGAAAGAAGAAGAGAAGUCAAAAACACCUUCCAAGCAAGUUCCUAUUGAAGCAAAACUCACUCCUCCUCCAUUUCCCUCAAGAUUAAGCAAGUCAAAGCGUGAAAGGGAAGACAAUGAAAUCAUGGAGAUGUUCAGGAAGGUUGAGGUAAAUAUUCAUCUUAUUGAUGUCAUCAAACAAGUCCCUAGGUAUGCUAAAUUUCUUAAGGAAUUAUGUACAUCCAAGAAAAAGUUGAAAGGGAAUGAAAUUGUUAAAGUAAGAGAAAAUGUGUCUACAGUGUUACAAAAAAGACUACCUCAAAAAUUUAAGGAUCCGGGUGUUUUCAUGGUUCCUUGCAAAUUAGGUAAUCUUCAUGUUCCACGAGCUAUGCUAGACCUUGGAGCUUCUAUCAAUAAGACCGGGGUAAUCAUUCAAUUGGCUGAUAGAUCUUUAGUACAUCCCAAAGGUGUGCUAGAAGAUUUGUUAGUCCAAGUGAAUGAAUUAGUGUUUCCAGCAGAUUUUUAUGUCCUUGACAUGGAUGAUGAUGACUCACCAAAUUUGAGUUCAAUUCUCCUAGGAAGACCCUUUUUGAAAACAGCCAGGACAAAAAUUGAUGUUUAUGAUGGUACAUUGUCCAUGGAAUUUGAUGGGGAGGUGAUAAAUUUCAAUAUUUAUGAUGCUAUGAGAUAUCCAAGUGAUAUUUCAUCUUUGAAUUUUUUGGAUGUCAUUGAACCAUUGACAGAGGAGUGUUUUGAGUUGUCUAAUCUUGAUGUGUUAGCUCUCAUUUUAGACAGGAAUCUUCAAAAGGAAAGAGUGGAAAAACUUGCCAAUCAAUUUACAAUUGAUAAAGAGAUUAUGGAAGUUGUGUCUUGCAUGGAUGAGAAGAAGAAAAUGAGGUUUGAUGUUCCAAAGCUGAAAAUACCAAUAUCUAAUGAGAAACUUGUUCCUUCUAUUGUGUAG